CCCCAAUUGUUAGCCCAGACUCAGGCUUAAGGUUUAGUUAGAAAGUGGCGUCACUUUGAAAAUAAACCGAUGUUUACAUUAAAUUCAAUGAUUGGAUGCAAUACUGAGUGACUAUUGGAUGCGAUUCAGUGAUAGUGACAACAAUGACAUAUCAUUUGGCAAAUACACGACAUUUUGAUACAAGAAAUGAUUGUUUUGUUAUAGAUUUGGACCUCAAUUGUGUCAAAAACCAAUUGGCGGUCAAUUUGUGCAACAAAUCGAUAGAAAUAAUCGACGCGAAGACACUUCAGACAAUACAAGAGCUUAAAGACUUGGAUUCAAUGAAUUCAUUGAUUAAAUACUCUUCACGAGAGAAGAACCAAUUGAUGGUUUGUACGGCAGAAGCGGUUCACUUGUAUGAUGUAAGAGACAAGUGUCACAAGAGUUUAAAACAAUUUAUUGCUAAUAUAUCUCAAGAAAGCGGCGACAGAUUGUUUGACAUCUCUGAUAUUCAUUUGACAUGUUUUGACACAAACUGUGACUUCACAUAUCUGUGCGCUGGAACUGAAGUAUCAGAAAAAGAUAAAAACAGUUACCUCUUGUUUUGGGACAUCCGAAGACCGGCACUAGUUUUAGGCGCUUAUUAUGAGUCGCAUACAAAUGAUGUGACAGAUGUGGCAUUUCAUCCACAAAAAAGACAUCUGAUUUGUUCGGGAGGUUGUGAUGAACUGAUUAACUUAUUUGAUUUGAAUGAAACUGAAGAGGACGAGGCAUUAAUAUCCACAUUAAAUGUCGAAUCAGUCGUCGAUCGGAUUCAUUGGACUAAAUCUGACGAAAACGAUUUGAUUUGUUUAACUCGUGAAGAAAGUAUUCAGUUGUGGAAUAUCGAUGACAUACUUCUUAAAUCAAAUUUCAAUUCUUUGUCAUUAAAUUCUGGUUUUGAUUAUAUUGUCGGCACAUUAGGUAAUGAAGGAGUUGUCUGUGUUGGAGAUAGCGGUCAUUGUAUCAAAAUGUUUGACAUUAAUACAAGUGUGACCUCCGAUCGUAUCCUUAUUCUCAAAUUCUUAGCGAUGGACACAACAAAAUGGUUCGGACUAUAGUUAAAGAUAGUGAUAAUGAUGUGUUAUAUUCUGGUGGUGAAGACAGUUGUAUUUGUGUGUGGAAUCGAUUGUUAACCACCGGAACAAAUAAAAGGGAAAAACCAGAGACAACAGGAAAGUCUAAAAUUAUAAGAAAGGAUAA